AAAAAAAGUGAAAUACUUUUAAUCGUAAUACGAUUAAUAUAGUAACAUUAUUAUUAACGUUUCGUUGUGAUUUUGUAAAGGAAAGUAGGGGGUAAGGCGACGAAUAUGCGGAUCAACGUGUAGCAGGGUAAUAACUAUCUUGUAAUUUGUUUGUCUUUGCACGCAAGCGUCGUCCCUCACAAAUAGCGGCUCGGCCAGCAUCGGCAAGUCUGUCGAGUAUCGAUGUUUGCUGUAUUUCAUCGUUUAACCAACAUUUCCAAUCAAAACACUACAUUGUGUGCUUGGUUUUAAUAGCUAUCGAGUUGCUACGAUGUGUGACUUUUAUCACCUCGUACAUCGCCGCUCAGUUGCUUUACCGGUGAAGUGAGUGACGCCUUGUGGAGAGAUUUGUUAUGGCAGGUUCCAUUUUUGCUGCUGGAAGAUAUCGUGGAGUGGUGGUGGGCAAAGUCGUUGGAGAACAAACAGACCAAGCGGAGGAGAAGGAGGGGGGCGCAGGGGAGUGAGGUCAGCAGCCGCCUAGCAUGAGUCAACCUCGGGCAAAGCACCGCAGCAGUCAUCGCCGCCGCGGUUCUGCACGGUGCGGACGGACUGAACAACUGUCACCGUCGUCUGCAGCCCGAGUUUCGUAACAAAAACACGGUGUCACCUGUGAAUGAGGGGGAAAAAAAAGCAUCAGCCUUGAAAGAGGAAUACAUUUUGAUGCCGGUGUAGUGCAGACUUGCACUUAAGUGACUUGAGCAAUUAGUGGGACCGAAGAGUUUUUCCCGACGCCGGCUUUUUAAUGCUGACCAUGAGCGUGCCGGCCCAGCAGAAACCUGGCGCAAAACGAACGGGCAAACGAAUCACGUUUUUUUCUGAUCCCGCCGGAGUCAUGAAGGAGAGCGGCCAGCGCACCGAAGGGUCCUACUAUGUCCAGGAUGGGGAGGAGCCCGAGAAAACGGUGGCAGUGAGCGACGCGGCGUCCAAUCCAGAGGGCCAUCGUGUGUACCUCAACUCGGUUAUCUUCAGCCCUGACAAGGGUGACCAGAACAGGGGUCACUAUCAGCAGACGGUACCUAUGAAGUGGGCCCACCAGGAGUCCGGUCAGCCGCAACUUAGAGCCGCCACUUGGACCAGCGUAGCCAACUGGGGACAACAUUUUGCCAACUACUUGACCGACUCGGGGAACCAGACAGCCUUCGUAAAAGACAAUGCUGGAGACGAGCAGCCGGCUGGACCCGACCCGACGCCGGACUUCUACCGAGACGCCGUGAAGGCAAGGGGCCUCGGUUGGAACCAGCAGCAGUCCUUUCAGGACACCCUGAAACCUGGAGCGCUGAACCCCCAGCCGAACAGCGCGUCCCACCCGGUGGGGAGCUCCGUCUUGCAGCCCUUUCAGCUGGCCUUCGGGCAGCCCCGGCAGCACCUGCCCGCCUACUACCAAAGCUACCAAGGCAACGCCAGGUUGCCCAACCCGCCCAACUACUCCUCACAGGCCAAGUUCCCCCGGCUACAGCAGCAGAACCUCAUCCAGCAACAACUUCAGCAGCAGCAGCAGCAGCAGGUCCAAAUGCAACAGCAGUUGCAACAACAAAGCCAGCAUGUGCUCGACUACUACCCGCCCAACGUGCACUCCCACCCGCAGUUCGCACACUCCCAGGACCCGUCGUUGGCGGCCGUUCCCCCCCAAAUCCAGGACUCUCUCAUCCAGGACAUCACCCCAGAGCCACACCCAUCAGACCCGCCGUCGCUUCCCUCCUUUCUGCCCGAUCCAUUACCCCAGACGCAGAACCUCCGGAGGUCGCGGCGCCUCUCCAAGGAAGGAGGCGCACCGUCGGAUGACAACCCCUUCCCAGGCGACCCGGCGCUGCAAGACCUCCAGAACGGGACACGCGGCUACACCGACAUCUUGGCGGCCCCAACAGGGGUCAUCCAGAGCACGCCGCAGCGGAAGCGCAGGGUGUCUCAGGAAGUCAACUUGGAAACGCUUGCACAGAAGGCCUCAGAGAUGGAGACGCUGCCAUCACAGGACAUCAAGGAGGCGCACAAACCCUGGGGUCCCACCCAGCCGGGCAUGAAGCGGCCGCGAGACGACGGCCUGCUCCCGCUCGUUAUCCCCGUGUCGGUGCCGGUGCGGCGACUGGAAUCGGCGCCGUGCGUCGAGGAUGCGGCGCAGACGUCCAACCGGCCGCCGCCGUCCAGGCCCCCCAACCCGUUGGAGAGCGCCGGCGCCGAGCGCAAGCCGUCCGUCAUCGUCACUCGUCGCCGCUCGCUGAGGAGCUCGCUGACAGAGGGCUCGGGGCAGAACGGCGAGGGCGCACGAGCAGACGAUGACGUGAAAAAGCUGAAGCGGCGCCCCCGGCCUGAGCCCCUCUUCAUCCCGUCGCCCAAGCCGGGCGGCGCCUUCAUGGCGCCGCCUGCCAUCUACUCGGCUGUCACGCCGUACCACAGCCACCUGCGCUCGCCAGUCCGCCUGGCCGAUAACCCGCUGGCCGUGCCGCCCUACACGCCGCCGCCUAUCCUCAGUCCUGUGCGUGAGGGCACUGGCCUCUACUUCUCUACGUUCCUGGCGGCAGCGGCACCACCGUCCGUCACGCCCAAGUCGGCCACCCGCAGCCUGCUCUGCUCAGGUAGCUACGACAUGACUCCUCCAGUUCUGUCCGCAGUGAGUGAGCCCACUCCAGUCAGCAUUGAGCCACGGAUCAAUCUGGGCUCGCGGUACCAAGCAGAGGUGCCGGAUCUGAGGCCACGCUCCCUGGUGGAGUUGGACCCUCACAGAGCCGAGCUGCUCUGGGCCCCGCUGACCCAGCUGGAGGACAAGCCUGACUACCACAAAAGAGUGAAAGACCUGAUGCACCUGGCAUGUUCCAGCGCUUUGUACGGAGGAGGCUGCAACCAGGAGCUGGCCCACCAUUGUCUGCACCGCUGCAGCGGCGACAUCAUGGCAGCUUUAUCACUGCUCAUGCUCAGCGAUCCCGUCUUUCCCAAGUCCCAUCAGUUGUCCGACUACCACUACUCAGGAUCCGACAAGUGGUCUGCGGCCGAGCGACGUCAGUUCAACAAAGGCAUGGCCACCUGCAAGAAGGAUUUCUUCAUGGUGCAAAAGCAGGUGAGCACCAAGACGGUAGGGCAGUGCGUGGAGUUUUACUACGCGUACAAAAAGCACGUCAAGGUGGGCCGCAACGGGACACUCGUCUACGGCGAGGCGUCGCCUCCGGACAGCGCGGCGAGCGAAGAAGGCCAGACCAACCCAAAUAAGGCCUCUCACCGGCGGGAGGAGGACAGCAAGUUGUGGGAAGGCUCAGCCGACAGGAAGCAGGAUGUCGGCCCCGUUGGGGCGGCCGAGAACACCACCAGCGUCCUGAUCAUGAGGGCCCAGGAGGACGUCGUGGCCAGGGAUCGACCGCUACCGCCUCCCCAUGCUAUCGGCCCCCCAACAAGGACCAGCCCCCCAACGGGCAACAAGGGUGUCGGCGGCCCCGAGGGAGAGUUCCCCUGCAAGAAAUGUGGCAGGGUGUUUUACAAGGUGAAGAGCCGUAGCGCUCACAUGAAGAGCCACGCCGAGCAGGAAAAGAAGGCCGCCGCCCUGCGCCUGAAGGAGGCAGAGGAGCGCGCCCGCGCCGCCCAGGCCGCCGCUUUCAUGGCCGCCCGGCAGCAGAAUGGCACGCGGCAGGCAGGCGGCGACAGCGAUGAUGAGGACGACGUCACGUCCGACAGUGAGGACGACGACGAUGACGACUGGCAGUGACGCACUUCAAUGCAGCCGCACCUUCAGGGACGUGUGCGGGUUCUCUAAGCUCUACAACCUCCAAUCAAAAGCCACGCUACUUUUAUAUAUAUAUAUAUACACAUACAUACGCACGCACGCCUGCAGCGAUCACCAGGCUUUUGCCCCUUCCCGCUUUUCCAGGGCCUUUGACCUUUUUACAAGAAGGUGGCGCCCCUGUUGCACUCUAGCAUUUUGAAAGAGUUCAUGCUUUUUUGACAAUCAAAAAAACAAAAAACAAUUACAACACUGUACAUAUCCAGGGUAUUGUAAUUCCUUCUGUCCUGUGUGGCCACUUUGUGGUUCCUGUUGUGUUUAUUACUCUUGUUCAUAGUUUUUGUGAUAUAUCUUGAGUGUGUUCAGUUUCCUGUUAUUUCUAAUUUAUUUCAGCCAAUCGGAUGGCUGCCUGUCGGUUACUGUGAAGGAUUCAAAGGGCAGGCCUGCAAUAGACUGAGCACCAUACACACAAAACACUUUUCACUGGGGCUUUUACCACAUUCUACCCCAACCAGGAGACCUCUUCCUGGUGUAGGGACUCAAGGCGAACUCCCCCCCCCCCCCCCCCCAACUGAUAUUUAUGUAGAUUAUGGUAUUUAAAUUUGCCUGGUUCAUUGCUAUGCUAUUUAGUGUGCAAGUUGACGGCGGUCAAGGCCAUCGUGAUCUACCCCAGCCAAGAGGCCUCUUCUUGGGCUCAAGCAUAGCUGAUUCCCUCCUACUUGUUAUAGAUUCAUUUUACAUGUGGUUUUAUACUUGGCAUACUCUGCUGUGCGCACGCACACACACACGUACACACACAUUUUACAUCCAUUUCACUGUGUGAGGAGGGUGGAUGUUUUCGCUUAGUCUCAAGGGUCCCAGUUUCUGGUCUGUUGCUAUGGCGACAGUCACUGAAUUAUUUUUUUUCUCUCAAAGGCCUAUGAAGAGGUCUUGAAACCGUUAAAUCGUAGAUGUCCUUGAGUCUAUGCAUCGACCGAGUGUGUGUGUGUGUUAAUGAUGAAAAACAAAGCAAAAUGCAAGACUGUUCCUGUUUGAUAUGUGUAAUUUAUAUUCACUUUUUUUUGACUGCUGUUCUUGCAAGAGAAAAAAUGAAAUGUAAAAAUAUAUUUAGCUAAUAUAUAUAUAUACAAAGGGUAUGUGAGUGAGGUUCUUAGUUUGCAAACCUUUCUACGCUAUUUUCCUAGGUGGUUCACACUGAUUGGGGGGAAAAAAAGAAAUCACGGCUGCGACCGUGUAACUUAUUUGUUUCUGUUUUCUACCACAUUUUUGGCAAAGGGUUUAUGAAGCACUGUUUAUUAAACUUUUACGAUGUUCCUUAAA